AUGUCCGGAAUUCAGUUUUGGAAGCCAGGCACUGUCGGUCCAGGAAGCAACCUUGACAGAGCAACGGAGACCGAAGAUAACAUCGUUCAGAGCGCACCUUCUUCCCUCUCUCUCCAAGCCGCGCGGGAGCGUUUGCCCAUCUACCAACACAAGCAGAGUCUGCUGUAUGCCGUUGAGAAGCAUGGCGUAGUCGUUUUGGUCGGCCAGACCGGCAGUGGCAAAACCACCCAAUUACCUCAGUUCCUGUACGAAGCAGGGUGGGCCAACGAAGGAAACGUCAUUGCUUGUACUCAGCCUCGCAGAGUAGCAGCUACAUCUGUGGCGAACCGCGUGGCUGCAGAAGUCGGUACAUCUUUGGGCGAAGAGGUUGGCUACACAAUCCGCUUUGAAGAUGUCAGUGACAAAGAACGCACACGAAUCCUCUACAUGACAGACGGAAUGCUCUUCCGGGAGACACUCGUCGAUCCGUUGCUCAGCCGUUAUAGUGUCAUCAUGAUCGACGAGGCUCAUGAACGAAGCGUGUACACGGACCUACUCCUUGGGAUACUGAAAAAAAUUCGUCGGAAACGGCCCUCAUUACGGCUGGUGGUGUCGUCAGCUACUCUGGAUGCGGCUGCAUUUCUCGACUUCUUCACUUCUGGAAACAGCCCUAAUGAAGCGACCAUUGUCAGCUUGGAAGGUCGCGCAUAUCCUGUACAAAUAGCCUACCUACAGGAGCCUGUGCCAGACUACGUUCAGAAGGCUGCAGAAGUGGUCUGGAGCAUCCACCAGCAGCCAACUUCUGGAGAUAUCCUGGUCUUCUUGAGCGGCCGCGAGGAAAUAGAUCGUUGCAUUGAUCGACUGGCAGAGAUGCUACCAACCCUACCACGGAAUGCCAAACGCUUGGCCUUACUUGCUCUACACGCAGGUCUAACGACGGAAGAGCAACUCAAAGUUUUUGAACCGGCUGAGCGUGGAUUCAGGAAAGUGAUCAUAGCAACCAACAUCGCCGAGGCCAGCGUCACCAUCGAAGGAAUCAAGUUUGUAGUCGACUCUGGAUUCGCCAAAGCAAGUAUGGAAUACAGUCAAUAUAUACGCACCUACAAUCCCUCGACCGCUAUGUCAUCUCUCACUACCGCUCCCAUUUCGCAAGCCUCAGCUACUCAGCGGGCUGGCCGCGCGGGACGUACCUCCGCCGGCUACUGUUACCGUCUGUACACGGAGCGCUCCUUUGAGCAGUUAAGACAGACAACGCCUCCGGAGAUCACUCGAACCGAUCUUACUACGCCCAUCAUUCAGCUGAAGUCGCUUGGUAUCGACGACCUCAUGAAGUUUGAAUGGUUGUCCUCUCCGCCGGCUGAGAGCGUCCUGCGAGCUCUAGAGGGUCUAGUGAAUGCUGGAAUGAUCGGCGAGAAUGGGCGGCUCACCGUCAUUGGAGAAAAAGUGGCGGAGUGUCCUGUUGAGGUCAACAUUGCACGUAUGUUAUUCGCCUCAAAGCAGUAUCAGUGCGGAGAAGAAAUACUCACAAUUGCGGCGAUGACUGCCGUACAGGACGUGUUCAUCAUCCCAGAGGGUUCUGCAGGUGCGAUAGCUGAGCUUGAACGAAGGAAAUUCACGGCAGAGGAAGGAGACCAUUUGACUCUCUUGAAUGCCUUUAAUGCGUUCACGCGUUAUGGCCGUUCUUCAUCGUGGUGCAAGGCGCAUGCACUGUCAUUCCGUGCAAUGUCUCGUGCCGUAUCAAUACGAUCACAGUUGAAGAAAUAUAUGCAGCGGUUUGAGCUCCCUCUAGACAGUUGUGAGGGGGAUGCGAAACGACUACGGAAGUGUCUCGUAACCGGAUACUGGCGAAAUGUCGCCCGAUGGACCGCCGAUGGCACCUAUAGGGCUGUGCGAGGAGAGAUUGUUCUACAUGUUCAUCCUCACUCCGUGCUGUUUACGAGGAAGCCUCGGACUCAAUGGGUGAUUUUCCACGAAAUGGAAGAGACGAAAAAGACACAGAUCCGCGUGUUGACGGAGAUCGAACCGGAUUGGUUGCUCGAGCAUGGUCACGCGUAUCAUGAUAGGCAUCCUAUAACUAGCCUGGCCUCUCAAUAGACCAUUCUCCGCGUUUUGUGAUGUUUUCAACAUGUGUAAAUUCGUGUGCAAUGAUGUU